ACGUGCGAGCGUGACCAGCGCGUCGAAGUUUCUCGACAUAUCCAAGACCCAUACCACAAUGAGCGAACUGGAUCUCAGAUUGUCCGCAGCUACUGCUCAGGAUACAGGUUCUUUUAGGCUUGUGGAGCUUCCUCCAGAGCUGUGUCAAAUAAUUGAAUCUACUUCUGAGAAAACUGCUAGCCUCUUCAUCAAAGGGCACCCGACCGAGGACGCGGUACUAUGUACAUCAGAAAAGACAUAUGCCGUCCGUUCUGUCGUGCUGUCCAAUACCGUGCUGGUCGUGACACCCUCCAGAUCGGAUCCAGAUGGGACCGUGCACAUCCGAGACCAGUUGCACGAAAUAUUGGAGCUAGUGCCUGUGGUACCGAAGUUGCACAAGCUUUCUAUCCUGCUAAGGAACAUGGAAUAUGACGAAGGAGAUGAGGACAGGCAGGCAAUCAUGCCAAAGUAUAGCUACGAGCAGGCUCGUAGCGAAAUUCAGGCUAGCGAAGCUGAGUUUGUCCGCGGUCUGAAAGAGAGACGCAUCCUCAUACUUGAAGGGCAGCUACGGCCUAUAGCCCCAGCGCAUCUUAGCACUAUUCUCGAACUGCUGUUAAAUUACUUGAUAUCCUUGUCCCUCUCACACCAAGCUGCUGCGGUCGAGGAGCUGGUGUCUGUACUUGCUGAUGAACAUGAAAUACCCCGCGCAGUAUCGAACCAAGUCAUCUCCUGGUUUGGGGAUGUAAAAGAAGGUCUGUGGAAAAUGAACGCAGACGCUGUGAUCAGAGAGCUUGGAGUAGGGAUUCUCCGCCAUCAUAGACAUAACCCUAUCUCUGAGAACGAAUUCCUCAAGAAAUGGAAAAACGUAGUAGGGGACACUUUCGAGUCUUCUGUGAAGCUAUCCCUUCUUUCGGGAGACUACCUUCAAAAUCUAUCUUCGAACGGGGGGGAAGCGAUAUUGACGUAUUUCCCAUCUUCCGCAUUGCCGGUCGACCCAGCCGCAAGAUUCGUUGAGCUAUUUCUGACUCGCCAACGAUGGAAACAUGAGGAGAUCGAGCAUUUCUUACUUGACAUUGCCGUUAACUCCAAGGAAAGAGAUAAACUACUCCUCAAACAUGCCAGAGCUCUGACUGAUACUGAGGGGGUAUGGUACACUGCGAGAGUAAGUUACAACAACUGAAAUUUACAAUAGCAUAUCCACAUAUGGGAGACAUAUGCGCGACUAUAGUAUUUAUU